UGAGCUCCCUCCCUCCUUCUCCCGGCUCUUUUUUUUUUGCGGCUGCCGGGGGUGUUUUCAGGGUGGGGGAGAAACCACUCUGCGGCUGGUGGAGGGGGGCGACGGUGUUGGCGCCCUUGCUCCCCCCGCGGAAGGAGCGAUGGAGCUGCCGCCUCUCAGCCUCCGGGCCGGGAGGAAAUAGCGCUCUGCCCACUUUCAGCUGCACGUCUCUCUUUCGGGACCACCGUUCGCCGCUCCUCUUGAUUUCUUAACUCCGCAAAGCCCUGGGAGCACCUUACCCUGACUAAUUUUUAAUCCGUGUAGUUUCGGCUUCAUUUAUUUCCCCUGUUCCAUCCUUCGAGCUCCGGGUCUCCUGGAGCCCUCGUCCUGCGGAACUCCCUGCCUCUUGAUUGCCAGCGCGAAGCCCUCGGGAAAGGGGGAAAGCGCGCUCCAGCCCAUCCGUUUGCUCGUCGCGGUGGAUUCCCCACUCCUGGCGGGCAGCGAUGUUGCUGUCGCCUCUCUCCUCCUCCUCGUCUUUCCCGCAGUUAACCCAAGGGAACCGUGAAAAGCAAAGCUCUUAGUUGCGAAAAUGUGGCAAAGCAUUGGCCUGUCCUUGCUGGUCGUCGUGGCCGCCCUCGCUUGCUUUCUGCUGCUAGUGCUUUGCGGUUGGUACGUUGUCUGGCACCUCUUCCUGUCGCAGUUCCGGUUCUUACGAGAGCUGAUAGGAGACACAGGAUCUCAACAAGGGGAUAAUGCCGUGGUUGAGCCCGAAGCAGAGCAGGAUGUGCCAGCCGCUCCCCAGAGGAGAUCUGCCCGGCAGCGAAGGGCACCUGCUGAAGAAGCAACUUAAUUGGAGCUUCCUGGGCAAUCCUCAAGAGAUGGGCAGCCGGCGACUCUUCUGUGGCUUAGUAGUUUGGUGUUGCUGAUACGCCAAACGAGGGCGGCCAAGGAUUUGUGAAUUCCUUUACUCCUGGAAUUUAACAAUGCACUGCUUCGGAAGAGGUUCCGGCGAGAUUUUAAUGGAGAGCAGGAUGGGACCGAAGAGAAACAGGGAGAGCGGAGCCGAAAUGGCUCCUCCCUGCUCGGGAGAAGAGUCGGCCGGGAGUGCCACUCCUGGGUCUGUUCCUCAGUGGUUAGGCCCAGCGUGAAUCUGUGGAUAAGCUUCCCAAAGCUGAAAAUGGUUACUGACUGCUUUUGUGUAGGACUGCAACUCAUCGCAGGUGGCAUCUCUUGCGACCCUUCAUUUCUACGUCUUGCAAAGAGGAAGCGUGUCUUUACUUGAGCCUUAUCCACUUACACAAGAGUGUUCUGCUUUGGUCAGUGGCCUAAAAGCGUGCCUCUGUCCAUGGGCUAAAUUCGCUAUUAGGCUCAUGUGGAGGCGUUGACAACUGACUUAAACAUAAGUGGGCAAUGAAACACAGCAUUUUAGUUUCAAUGCACAGCAGUUCCUUGCUCUGCUUUGCUUUUAAUCUUACGAUCUCAUCAGGCUUGUGCACGAGUGUGUAUGUGUCGUCAAAUCCUUUCUUAUUUCCAUAAUAGAGAGAGGACAGGAGUAUCUGUUACAAACCUUUCAUGGAAUGUCUUUUUUUUUUAUUUCACUAACUAAUUGGUUUGAAGUAAGCUUCUUUUUUUUUUUUUUUGCAUCCUUUGCACCAAAAAUCAGUUGAAAUGAGUUACAGACAAACCUCUGGGGGGCAGCUUUUUAACCAUAGUCUCUCCCUAUUGCUAAAUUGUAUGACUGGGACCUUUGCAUCUUUUGUUCCUCAAACAAAUGAUCAGUUUAGCAAAUGCAUCUGCUUUGCCUUCGGGCAAAGGGAGCCCCCACUUGAUUGACACUGCUUUCAGUAUUGCUAAAUUCAUAAAACUAGCACCUGUAACUGUAGUAGAAGAUAACUGAUACUGACUUUGAACCAGUGGUAGGUAAGAGAUGAUGAUGCCCCCCCCCCCGGGUGCUCAUGGCUGACUUUUCCUUCAACUCCAGGAUGUGUCUUGUUGAGUUGUGUUGACUUUCUUCUUGUUCAACUCCUUGCAGUUUUGCUCAUCAUUGACUACGGAAAAGUGUCUUAAUGCUUGAUAGCAGCUGAAAUCAAGCCCUCCUGAAGACUUUUAUCUAUAGACUCCUCAUCUUGAACAGCAACCUUGAGUGACCUCCUUUAACAUUUGGGUCAAGAGCCUUGUUUGUUUGGGGUUUUUGUUUGUUCCUUGUCUAGUUACCUGUGUACACCCUUUGGAAAAGCAAAAAGCAAUUUGAAGAUGACAAUAGUCACAAACCCAUCAAUGGCUCCUAUCUUCCCACCCUCUGAAGUGGUUGCCCUGCUCUUAUUUUAUUUUCUUGGAAACUCCUCUCUGUUCUGUUUUUAAUUAAUAGCUAUUGGAGCAUGUAAUGAACAUGGCAGUACAGGCCUGUUUCAUGUACUGCACGACAGCAAACCUGGGUCUGUGCACGUAAAAAAAUGACACUCUUAAAUCUGAAGACAUUGCAAAUGAAAACCCUGGCGUAUCAAAAAAGAUUUCUGCAACUGGCUUCUUUAAGGUGGAUGUGGUGGGAGGAAAUACUUGAAAUUAAAUAAUGCCAGUUGUUUUCAGA